AUGGCGGACAGCUUCGUGCCGGAGGGCCUGGACCAGGAGUGGAAUCUAAAGGGUGUGAACGCCUGUGAGGUGGCACCAGAAAACAUCCUGCGCCAUAUGCAAGAGUCUGUCUCGUGCAGAGACAAGCUGGCGAAGUUUGUCGGGAGACUUGACACGCGGGACACUGCCGUGGCACAGUGCGACACUUACAAUUGUGAUCCGAUACAACACUCGUGCAUGCACAUGGAAAUUCCGAACCAGCCACGAUACCUACACGGUUUGUUGAUUGCCACAGCUCUGCUACUCAGGGAGGUGAAGAAGAUGAAUGACGUGAUCAAUUCCCUGGGAGCAUUGUACGACGAGCUGGCCAAGCUACAGGCCGAGGCCAAGAUCAAGAAGUUCAGUGAUUCGCAACCUGAUUUCAUGCUGAUGAUGUUUCGUGUUGCUGCCCUGCUCGCCGCAAGUAAUCUACAGAUCGAGGGUUUCAAGAUCCAGGACAUGCAGUUUCCAAUGACUGGUGGGGAAUUCUUAGCCAUUUACAAGAUUGGCAUUACACACCACUACAUUGACCGCUUUGAGCUGUACCAAAGAAACGGCUCUUCUCGACUGGCCGAGUACUGGGAGAACUUCCGUGGCGAACAGCCAACACACGAAGUUUUCGACCAUGGGGAUUUCAUCGACUACAGCUGCUUAGUUCCUCUAUAUCUUCACGGGGACGGUGGCCGUACCUACAAGCGGGAUGAACUGAUGGUCAUUCAAUUCCAGCCUGUUUUGGGAUUUGGGUCUCGAGUUUCGCAUCCAAACAGAAUUGGCAACAACACCGGUAUUAACCUUCAAGGCCACAGCUUUACCACCAGGUUCUUGAUUGGAGUGAUGCCGAAACAGAUGUAUCGUGAUUCUUUGGAUGUCUUUGAUGCCUUCAUGCUGGAAGCUAUGCGCAACCUCGAGUCCCUGUAUUAUGAAGGCUUGCAGCUUCUUGACGGGCGAGUCCUUCGAUUCUUAGUGGUGGGAUUGAAGGGAGAUCUGCCUUUCUUGGCAAAAGCAGGACAUCUCAAUCGCACGUUCUUGAAUGUAAGAAAGGCCCCUGAGAGGCCCUCGAGCAAGCCUCUGGUGGGGUGCUGCUGGAUGUGCGGGGCAGGCUCUCCGAACAUACCCUUCGAGGAGUUCGGCACACAGCCACGUUGGCUCAGUACGUGUGGUGCGAACAAUGCCCUGCCGUGGAACACCAUGCCGCCCUUGUUUAAUCACGUCCCUGCACACGUGCAGGAGGAUCGCGGCAGCUUCUUCAAAUUGGACCUGCUUCAUAUAUACCAUCUGGGCGUGGGCAGGGACUUCGCAGGGAGCAGUUUGACGGUGCUUUUGGAGCAGCUGUACCACGGCGACACCUUUCCUGAAAAACUUGAGGCCUUGAACGAUGAUUUGAAGAGGUUUUGCGCUUCCACUGGCAAACAGAUUCACUUCAAACUUCUGACUCGCGAACUUUUGGGGUGCGCAUCGAGCAACAAGUACCCUACAGGACAUUGGAAUAAAGCCAGUGACACACCAACGCUGGUGGGCUUCGUUCUCUGGAUUCUACAGCAGCAUGCGGCCGAUGUUGCUCAAUCUCGCAUGUUGCAGAUUAUGUCUUCGGGGAGUGAAGCGCUGGGAUGUUUCAUGCGCGAGCUAUUGCAGGCUCCACUUUGGCUUUCGCCGGAGCAAGCACAACGAGCCGGAGAGGCAGCCCUGCAUUUUUUACAAUGCUAUGCCAAGCUGGUCGAGAUCUUUUAUACGAAGGGCGAAUGCAAGUACAAUCUGGUGCCAAAACUGCAUAACAUGCACCACUUGAGUCUUGGGCUUUUGGAUUCGGCCUCCAAAGGUACAAAAGCAACAAAUCCGCUCAGUUAUUGCUGCUUUCAGGACGAAGACUUCAUUGGUCGCGUCAGCCGAUUGAGCCGAAGGGUCAGUCCGAAACUGUUGGUUCGCCGGACAGUGGAGCGUUAUCUUAUUGCUACGAAGUACCAACUUUCAGAUUCGAAGUGA